AUGAUUGAGGUUUUUUGUCAAUGGUCAGUCAAAGUGAAGAAAAGGGGAGAUGAUACCAAGUAUGUGGCUAAGGUUUUAGCCAGAGGUGUGGAAUGUGACAUAGCUUUACUUUCAGUGGAAAGCAAGGAAUUCUGGAAAGGAGCUGAACCACUUCAUCUUGGAUGCCUGCCACGUUUGCAGGAUGCGGUGACUGUUGUAGGAUAUCCACUUGGAGGAGACACCAUUUCAGUGACUAAAGGGGUGGUAUCCCGCAUAGAGGUCACAUCAUAUGCUCAUGGAUUAUCUGAGUUACUGGGUAUUCAAAUCGAUGCAGCAAUAAAUCCUGGUAAUAGCGGUGGUCCUGCAUUCAAUGACCAGGGAGAGUGCAUCGGUGUGGCAUUUCAGGUUUACAGAUCUGAAGAGGUUGAAAAUAUCGGAUAUGUGAUUCCAACUACUGUUGUGUCUCAUUUUCUUGAUGACUACGAGAGGAACGGAAAGUACACUGGUUUCCCUUGCCUUGGGGUGUUGCUGCAGAAAUUGGAGAACCCAGCCCUCCGCGCCUGCUUAAAAGUGCCAUCUAGUGAGGGUGUUCUUGUUCGGAGAGUUGAGCCCACAUCUGAUGCCAGAAAUGUCUUGAAGGAGGGGGACGUGAUUGUAAGCUUUGAUGGAGUUCAUGUGGGGUGUGAAGGGACUGUCCCAUUCAGAUCGACUGAACGUAUUGCAUUUCGCUACCUCAUAAGUCAAAAAUUUGCAGGUGAUGUUACAGAGCUUGGUAUCAUUAGAGCAGGGGAUUUCAUGAAAGUUCAAGCGAUAUUAAAUCCACGGGUACAUUUGGUCCCAUAUCAUAUUGAAGGAGGGCAGCCUUCUUAUUUGAUAGUCGCUGGAUUGGUAUUUACGCCUCUGUCAGAACCACUAAUAGAUGAGGAGUGCGAAGAUAGCAUAGGGUUAAAACUAUUGGCGAAGGCACGCUACUCUUUGGCAAGGUUUGAAGGAGAACAGAUUGUGAUCCUAUCACAGUUGAUUGAUAUUUGCCCAGCAUGCAAGGACAAGUAUCUAGUUUUUGAAUUUGAAGACAAUUAUGUGGCUGUUUUGGAAAGGGAGGUGGCUUUGGCUGCAUCCACUCGCAUUCUCAAAGACUAUGGGAUUCCAUCUGAAAGAUCUUCUGAUCUUUCGGAGCCAUACGUGGAUUCUGUAGGAGAGAAUCAAACAAUUAUUCUCCCGGAUUUAGGGGACAGUCCAGUUUCAAAUUCUGAAUUGGGCUUUGAUGGGCUUCUUUGGGCAUAG